AUGAUGGGAGGCGGCCUCGAUGCCGGGACUCUCGAGGUGGUCAACGGGCAAGUCCUCGUGGAGAACUGCUCUGCGAAUCACGGAGGUGCCGUUCAGGCCACGAACGUCAGCGUCGCCUCUGGCGGCAUGGUGCACGUUCGGAACUCCUCGGCUGGAAGCUCGGGAGGCGGCCUCGAUGCCGGGACUCUCGAGGUGGUCAACGGGCAAGUCCUCGUGGAGAACUGCUUUGCGAAUCACGGAGGCGGCAUUUUCUCGAAGUUUGGUAUCGGCAUUGGCUCCGCGGGGCAGGUGAAACUCAGCAAGUGCGCUGCGUUCUUCGAUGGAGGCGGACUCUUCCUCCAGUCUGGCAGGCUCCUGGGCCAAGAUGUGUCGAGAGGUGACCUCAUCGUCGAGGAUGGCAUCGCAGUCAAAGGACGCGGCGGAGGUCUGUUUCUCGGGUCAGGAGACAUCAAGAUGAGACGGGGCACCUUCACCGGAUGCUCGGCCGCUGUUCACAGUGGCGUGGACAUCUUUGCAAACGGCACUGUGGCCAUUUCCAUCCUCAAGCACCACAAUUCGAACGAGGAGGCUGUGAGCAGCUCCAUCAACAACGAGCAGCCUCUCUCCCUGAACAUUGCUUCAGUCGACCCUCCACCUGGGUCAGGUGUGGUCCGAAACCCGGACAACACGACGCUGGCCUUCUACACCUGUCCUCCGAACUUUGUGCGCCUGUCUAACAAUGCAGAGAGUCGAUGUGUGGAGUGCCCUACGAGCCCCACGAAGGAAUGUUCUUCCAGGCACUUGGAGCUGGAAGGUGGAUUCAUGGUCGACCUGGCCGACCCCGCGAACCUUUCGGGGUGGUACCGGUGCCCGAAUGUGCAAGCCUGUCCAGGCGGUGUAGUGGAAGCUGCGGAGGUUGAGGGCGAGCGCUGUCGGAUUCUGAAGCCCAUGUGCCAGGAAGGCUUCAUCGGCUUGGGGUGCGCCCAGUGCAACAGCACCACGCACGCACGAGCCGACAGGAGUGUUCUGCAGUGCGCAAAGUGCACGAACUCACGUCUUGAGGUCUCAUUGCAGGUGCUCUUCUAUGCCGUGACAGAUACAUCGCUCUUUGCCUGUGCCGCCUUGAGCGUGCUGAACGCGGGAUCCAAAAAGACCAACAGCGGAGUUUUACUCAACCAGCUGAUGGCCUUCACCGCCGUCUCUGGCAGCAUCAUGUCCGGCAUGAUGCAAAGCCAGUCUUUCGGUCAGCUGCAAGAUGACACCAAGACUUGGCUUCAUGGCCUGGGCUUGGCGGUGGACGUCGUGCAGGGCCAGAGCAGCACCAGCGACAUGUCCUUGGAGUGCGUCCUGCACUACUUCGGCUUCGAGCAGUCCCUGUUCAACGCGCACUGUCUGUCAUCGAUCAUGCCUCUGAUCCUGAUCGCGGUGCUGGCCGUCGCCAACAACCCCUGGCUGGCCAUGGUGGUCGGCACCAACGUGUUCCUUCCGGGCUUUGUCGCCUUUUUCGGCAAGUACCUCGUCAUGCUCCGGCUCCGGCCAGAGAAGGAUCCUGUGGGAGAGGCUCGCUUCGAGUACCUGCCACGAUUUGGCUUCCUGCCCUCCUCCUUCCCGGCCGACCUCUGUGCCAUCACCGCCAUCCUGAUGGCAAUCUUGGUCUGCGGCGCAGCAGGCGUCAGCGGUUGGCUCUACACGGUGUUUCGGCACCACGAGUCGCCACCCGCACAUGUGAAGUAUCUGACCAUGGCAUACAAGCCCGAGUUCGCCUACUGGGAGGUAGAACGGCUGGUUCGCAAGACGUUCAUUCUGCUCGCGAAGUUCACACUCCCCAUCAUGGUCUCACCUGCUCUACAGAUGGAGACCAUUGCCAGCAUCUUGAUGCUGUCAGUCGCUCUCUAUGUCGUGUGCCGCCCUUAUGAAAUUGGCGCAUGGAACUUGGCCGAAGCCGGUCUCUUGCUCGUUGCCCUGUUCAUGACCAACCUGACUACGUGCCUGCUGGCCAACGACUUGCACUGGGCACACUCCCAGGGAACACAGGUGGCCCUCAUCUUUCUGAUCUGCUCCUUGGCCGGUGAACCCUGGCUGCAGCUUCGGAAGUUCUUUGUUGAGCCAUUCUGGAGUUGCCUCAAGGGGAUCUCGAUCGGAAUGGCUGUCCUCAUCGCCUUUGCCCUUCUCAGCGAGCGGCAGGAAAGACAGUUGAACGCCGCCAAGAAGCAACAGAAGGAAGCAGAGCAUGUCAGCGGCGACGUGGGCGUCGCCGGGCACAAGGCAGCUUCACUGCGGCUCUCGGUGUGGGAACGGAAGAAGAAAGACUUUCACGGAAGCGAACCAGGAUACAAGCUGAUCUCUGUGUCUGCUGAUCUGACCGGCCCACAGCUCUUGCUGCAAAAGCUUCGUCUGAGACCGUGUUCAAGGACAGAGGGAUCCUUCGCCGAAAGGCAAGGUGCCGUGUGA